AUGGGUGACCGGGGAAAUUCGCAGCGGUAUAUAGACCGAAUGUCUCAAUUGCUUUCAUUAGGUUCACCUGAACCAAACAAUAUUGGGAGCCCCCGUAUAUCAAUCGCCGGCUCUGUGGACAACGAUUGCUAUUCCCAACAGACUGAAGAAUCCGAUGACGAUAGCAAGGCUACCUCUAUGGAUGGAUACAGUGAUGAAGAGGCAACUCAGGGACAACAGGCCAAGGAACAGACCAAGAAACGGGCUUUGGGUGGAGCUAGAUCCGUAAAGUUCUUGAUACCUGAGUAUUCCACAGAGUUAAUGGUCGAAUGUGUGGCAGAAUUGGAUGAACGGGUGCAAUCUAAUGCAGAGUCGCUCAAGGACCAGGACCUGUGGAAUCAGGGAAUGCAGCGAAAGUAUUUGGAUAUGAUUGGUGCUAUGGACAGGUUGAGUAAAGAAGUGGCCGCGUUAAGGAAACAAGUGGAGGUUUUGUCAAGUGGAGAUACAGUCAAAAGUCGAGAGACUGUGGGUUCGAAGCGUCAAAGGCAGUGA